GUGGCCGGCCCCGCCAUGGCGGAGCGGGAGGAGCGGCGCUUCGUGGAGCUGCCCCGGGACUCGGUGAGGCUCAUGGCGGAGAGCGCCGGGGUGGAGCUCAGCGAUGAGGUGGCGGCGCUGCUGGCCGAGGAUGUGUGCUACCGGCUCCGGGAGGCCACGCAGAACAGUUCCCAGUUCCUCAAGCACACGCGGCGGCGCCGUCUCACCGUGGAGGAUUUCAACCGAGCGCUGCGGUGGAGCAACGUGGAGGCCGUGUGUGGCUGUGGCUCCCAGGACUCGUUGCCGUUCCGGCCGCUCCGGGACGGGGAUUUGUUCUUCCCCGAGGACCGCGAGGUCAACCUGGUGGAGCUGGCACUGGCCACCAACAUCCCCAAGGGCUGUGCCGAGACCACCGUCAGGGUCAAAUCCGUCAGCCACGACCUGGAGCAGCUGAGCCGGCUGCUGCACCUGGCCCGGAGCCUGAUCCAGAACCCGUUCCUGUGCCUGGGCUCGUACUCGUGCAGUUUGGUGGCCUCGGUGCUCUACUGCGUCCUGGAGCCGCUCGCCGCCUCCAUCAACCCCCUCAACGACCACUGGACCCUGCGCGACUACGCCGCGCUGCUGCUGGGCCGCAUCUUCUGGAGUCACGGGGAGUUGGUCAGGGGGCUUUACCAGCAGAUCCUGCUCUCGCUCCAGAAGGUUCUGGCGGAUCCGGUGCGGCCGCUCUGCUCGCACUACGGGGCCGUGGUGGGGCUGCACGCGCUGGGGUGGAAGGCGGUGGAGCGGGUGCUGUACCCCCACCUGGCCACCUACUGGCCCAACCUCCAGGCCGUGCUGGACGAUUACUCCGUGUCCAACGCUCAGGUCAAGGCCGACGGCCACAAAGUCUACGGAGCCAUCCUGGUGGCCGUGGAGCGGCUGCUGAAGGCCAAGGCUCAGCAAUCCCCGGGGUUCGGGGGUCCCGAGGGGUCCCCCCGGCACAGCCCCCGCCGUGCGGAGCCCCCGAACCCCGAGCUGGGCUUUGGCCGCCCGUUGUUACCGGGGGGCGGCGGGGGCGCCCCCCCCGCCUCCUCCUCCUCUUCCUCCUCCUCUUCCUCCUCCUCCUCCUCCUCCUCCUCCUCGCCGCUCUCGCCGCCGCCGCCGUCGCUGCGGGACAUGUACCGGGAGCUCUACGAUUUUUUCGGGGACAGCCUGGCCGCUCGCUUCGGUACCGGAGCCCCCGCCGAGCCCCCGAGCCCCCCGGGCGCGGCCGAGGGCGCCCGCAAGGAGCCCCCGGCCGAAGGAGCCGCCCGCAAAAUGCCGCAAUUGACCAACGCCACGGUGAGCCCGAGGGACGAGGAGCCUCCCCCGGGCCGGCCCGCCCUGCACCGAGCCCCGGGACCCCCACCCCGGCCCCGCGGGACCCCCCGCACCCCCUCCGGUCACCGGCCCGGGGCUCGGGACGUGUUCCAGAAAUGUCGGUUCGCUCCUCGGGGGCCUCCCCGCUUCAGUUUCGUGAUCGCGGGGCGGCAGACGGGGCGGCGCUGCCCCGGCCGGAGGUUCCAGACGAGUUUCCCGCAGCCCCCCGGGGCCGCGCUGGGUUCCCGGUACGCGCAGCGGCUCCCGAUGAUCGGCCGGACCGGGCGCGCCCCGCGCCGCUGGCCACGGGCCGAGUACUCGCUGCUGCUGCUGCUCUGA